ACCCUUUAAUUUAACAUAAAAGUGCCAAAAUCUUGAUUAAUUUUGUUUCUUUUGAGUGGAAAAGUGCAAAAAUCUCAGAUUUAAAGGCUGGGAGUGCAAUUCAUCCAGAGGAAUCUAAGGAAGAGCAGAACCCUCCAGAGCUAAACCUCAUCUCAUCUCAAUAUAUAAGCUUAAGCUGACACUUUGCGCCAUCCCGUAAUUACUACAAGAAGAAACUCUUUGAUUUGCAAAAAUGUUUUUCUUUUUUGUCGGAGGAUUGGAGCAGCAGGCAAGGCAGGUGCUGAAGAGCGGCGCCGGAAGGUGCAUAGCGUGCGGAUCACGGGCCGAUCUCGUGGAAUACGAAAAAGUGCUGAAGCUCUUCUUCGUACCGGUGUGGCGGUGGCCCGGAAAGCAGCCGCUUAUGCACUGCAACAACUGCAAUCUUUUCUUCCCUCAGUCGUUCUCUCCGUCGGCUGAGAAGGAGGUGACGGAGGCGGCGUUAAGGUGUCAGUACUGUGCUCGUGAGGUGGAUCCCACAUUCAGGUUCUGUCCAUUUUGCGGGUCGGCCCUCUGAAUUUGAACUUUUCUCGGCUGGGGUUAUCCUUGUUUUGCACAUAGGAUUGUUUUGUGUGGAAGAUGAAAUGGGAGUUGGUCUCUUCUUGUAAUUGAGAAAUAAAAGAAAAUAACAAAUUAUUGCUGUUA